AGAGUAUUUUUGCAUCGGGUCUGAGAGGGGAGGCACAAAGAUUCAAAAAGAUACACAUUCUUGUCAUUGGAGGAAAAGUUCUGCAGGGAGAAAAAGAGCAAUUGUCCUUUCUGAGAACUGGUGUGUGGUAAAAUUGUAAAGAAAAACGAGAAGAACUAAAUCGGGACUGAACGUUUACAAUGGUCCUGGUGGAGGGUCUGAUCUUCUUCUUAUGGCCCCUAAGCUGUUUAUCUCAUGCAUCACGAGGUGAUCCAUGGAGCAGCUGUCCAGCAGAUAAAAUGUGCAAAGACAAGUUUGCGAACGGCGCGUGUGAUACGGAAUGCUCUGGCUCCCAGUGCCUAAAAGAUGGCUUUGACUGCUUUAGGCACAAAGAAUCCUGCAAUUCCGGCUAUACUAAGUAUUGCCGUGACAACUUUGACAACACGCACUGCGACAAGGGCUGCAGUACUGCACCCUGUGGGUGGGAUGGUGCAGACUGUAUAAAAAACUAUAAAAAUCAGCGACCCAACUGGGCCAAAGGUACACUGAUUCUGCAUACAGCAAUUCCCUUCCAGAAAGCAGUGUUGCAGAACAAUUCUUUACUUUGGGCUAUCAGCAUUCUGCUCCAGACCAGCGUCAAACUGAGAGCUAUGGUGCCACUUCAGCCUAGUACUGAGUUCUUCACUAUGGAUGCACAGCAGCUGAUAGAUCUGCUCCAGCAAGUACCUACCUACAAGAGCAACAGGUCGUUAUUGUUCCUACAAGUGGAUAACAGGCCAUGCUCCCAGGUACAAUUCACUUGUUUUCCCUAUGCAUCGGAGGCAGCAGAUUUCCUAAACGCUGUGCUGGAGUUGAACCGUGCCCCAACCUAUAUAAAGCCUGAGAUCCAGGCACUCAUCAGCAUCCGGGGCAUCAAUAAGGAAAUUGCAGUGAUAGAACCUCCCGUCAAGGACCCUGAUGGUAUGUUCAGAGAUACAAGAUCACGUUCUCCUCCAUGGCUGUGGCCUGUGGUUGGCAUCGCAGUGGGCAUUGGGAUAGCAUUGGCCAUAGUGGCAAUGGUAGUGCUGGUAUGGAGAUGGAAAAGACGGCAUAGGAGAGAACGAGGAGACAGUGUGCAUCACAGAUCUACAGCAACAGACAACGAUGGUGAGAGUAAAGACUGGACACAGUGCUCCUCUGAGCAAAACAAAAGGAACGGAAGGAUAGCAAGGGAGAAGGACAGAAAUGGCAUAAAAAAGAAGAAGAAAGGGAAGGACCUGGGAAAGAAGCGCAGGGAACCACUCGGAGAGGAUGCCAUUCGGAUGAGGCCUCUCAAGAAGACCUUGGACAUAGGCAGUGACACAGAUGUGACCCAAAGCUCAAUGGAGGACAUCAGUAGGACAAUUUGCGACCACAGAUCUCCAGAUCAGAAACAUUUCAACAUGAGUCACCAACAAGUGCCCAUAAGUCCACCAAGAAGGUGGGAAAGGAAUUCCAUUCCUACAAAUCAGCGAAUGCCAAGCAAUUCAGCCCCAGUGCAGUGGUGUGGACCUGAUGGCUCGGUGGUUCUGAUCCGAGCUGUGAGGAGCGGCCUCGAUCGGGUUGUGAUGGAGCUGCUUAGAGCUGGAGUUCCUGUCAACAACACCGACCACACCGGGAGAUCUGCCUUGCACUGGGCAUGCUCAGUAAACCACCUCUCAUUAGUACGGACACUGAUACGUUAUGGUGCUGCUGUGGACAUGCAGGACCACAAGGGUGAAACUGCUCUGUUUCUCUCGGCUCUCCAUGGCUGCUACGAUACUGCCAGAUUUCUCCUCCUAAAUGGUGCCAAUCAGGAGCUGACAGACCGCAGGGGCCGUCGGCCAAUGGAUGUGGCCCGGGAGGGAUUCCAUCAUCAGAUCCUCGAGCUUCUAUUGGCCCACCGAGUACAUCACAGCCCGUUUCCUGUGGCCCCAGCUACCGAGGUGCUGUGGGAUGAUCGCGCUUACCUGUAUUCCCCAUGGAUGGCAUCACCUCCAUGUCUGCCAGGAAGAAGCGCCUCUUUCUCUGGGACUGUAGGACCCAGAGAGAUGUCUUCACCCCAGCCCAGUGACUGGCAAUAUAUGGCAACCCAAAGCCUGCAGCCAAUGGCAACUCAAUCCACAACUGCCCUAGUCAGCCCCAGGGUCCUCAGCCGGCCAUCGCGCCCGAUCAGCACACUUCAGGAAGUAACCUCUGAAGCUGAGGAAGAAGAAAGAGAAUUAGCACAGCAAGGCUCCAGAGCAACAACACCCCACUUCCUGUGUCCUCAGCCGGCACCUCGGCAGCGCUCGUUCUCUUGCACGCAACCAGCUCUGCAGCGCCGCAUCAGUGCCAACCAACCAGAGCAGGCCAUCAACGUCCUGCCAGAGAAACUAGCUAAUGAGCAAGUGGAAAUAGUGGUUGUGCCCCACAACAAGGCAAGCUCCAGCCAAUCAGAUAGCAGAAGUGCCGGGACGGCAUGUAACACAGACUCUGAGAGAGAGAGAAAGAAGAGUGUCAAAGAAGAACGUCAAAGUGAGAUGGUCAAAACCGAGCCCAUAUCAAUACAGACUGUUAUGUGAGGUUCUGUAUUAUAAGAAGCUCCAAAAGUCUAAUUCCGCUACCAAGCACUUUUUUUUUUCAAACUUUAUUUUAGCAGUCUGUCAAAUCGAUGUAUUCAAUUGUCUUACUUUUAAUAAACAGUUUAUUAUUAUUUA